GAUAGAACAGUUUAAUGAUGCUUUGCUUGCAAAACUUGCUUGGAGAAUGCUAAAGGAACCUCAGUCCCUGCUUACCCAAAUCCUCAUGGGAAAAUACUGCAACAAUUCAUCUUUUUUGGAUUGUGUUGCUCCGGCCUCAGCAUCUCAUGGCUGGCGAAGUAUACUAGCGGGGCGGGAGGUGCUAAAGAAGGGCCUUGGCUGGAUUGUGGGAAAUGGGAAAUCGAUUCCGGUCUGGUCUCAACCAUGGCUACAACUCGACAGACCUUCAACUCCCAUAGGGCCACCAACACUAGAAAACGCUAACCUAUGUGUGGCUGACCUCCUGCUACCUAACUCCUCCGAGUGGAACGUACAAGCCAUAAGAGAGCACCUGCCUCAGUAUGAGGAGAACAUUAAGGCGAUCACCCCCAGUGACUGUAAUAUGAGCGACGAACUGGUGUGGCUAAAGGAUAAGUCGGGGACUUAUACUACAAAAUCGGGUUACGCAGUUGCCAAACUCAACACUGAGGCUGAGCCUUUUGACCAGUUUGACUGGAAGAAACGCAUCUGGCAGGUUAAUACCUCCCCAAAACUAAGACAUCUACUCUGGAAAGCUACGGCAGGAGCCUUACCCGUGGGCUCAGCGAUCCAAAACAGAGGAAUGGCCAUUGAUGCAAACUGUAAGAGAUGUGGGGAACUAGAAACAGAACUCCAUGUUUUGUUCGAAUGCCCUUUUGCUAAGAGAGUUUGGAGUCAGCUUCCAUGUAUGCACUCACCGUCCUCACGUCCACAGCUACCAAACUCAGUCAUGAACCUCAUCGAAAGCUGCAGUAAAAUUGUUAAUCUGCCCCCAACGGGUCUAAGCGACAUUCCCUUGUUCCCAUGGGUGUUUUGGACCCUAUGGACUAACAGGAAUAAGUUACUGUUUGAAAGUAAAGAUUUUUCUGUUGAAGAAACUGUUCUGAAAAUACUACAGGAUUCAAGAGCUUGGAAGGGAGCUCAAGAAUCACAGCAUAUUCCCGCAGUGCCACAGUGUGUGGAUCCUUCCCUGCUAGCGCCUAACAACCUUUUGCCUCCGCCUUCUUCUCUUUCAGGUACCAACACAUGGAGUCUUUACUCUGAUGCAGCUUGGGACUCAAAGACUGGAAGAUGUGGUAUGGGGUGGCACUUUCGAGACUACACAGACGCACCAGCAGGCAACUUCUCUUCAUACCGCCGAUCUGUCCCCUCAGCCCUUGUAGCUGAGGCCCUGGCGUUAAAGGCUGCAGUCCAAUCUGCAGUUACACGUGGUGUUGACUCCCUUAGAGUGUUCUCAGACUCCAAAAGUCUCAUCACCCUUCUGUCUACCAAGAAGAACCAUGUGUGGAUUCAAGGAAUUCUCUUUGAUAUUCACUCUCUAUCAGUCUCCUUUAGUAGUAUUUCUUUUCAUUUUAUCCCUCGAUUGGGUAAUACUCUGGCUGAUACAAUUGCUAAGUCAGCGCUACUCUCCUUAUCUAACUCUCCGGCUUGUGGAUGAGUUUCGAACGCUUUGUUAUUUUCUAAUUCAAGUAUGCUUUUGCCCAAAAAAAAAAAAAAUAUUUUACUGCUCUUUUAGAGUUUUUAAAUUGAGAAAUUUCUUAAGAUAAUUUUUUUUAAUUUUAUUUUCACAAAAAUAGCCUUUAACGGAAAAAAUGAUCAAAUAAAUUUUAUUAAAGAGUAAAAAUACAUUUUUAUCCUAGGAUUAAUUAAUAUAGACUUAAGGUUUAGGGUUAAGAGGUGAUAGUUUGGUGACAUGAUUUCAUGUUUUUAAAAUAAAAAUAAAUAUUUAAAAAUUUCAAAAUAAAAGAGAUUAUUUUGGUUAUUUUUUUCCUUAUUUUUGUGACAAAAACUUUUAAAAGCUAUUUGAAACAUGUAGAGGGAGAGAGUUUGUUGAUAUGUGUCUUCAAUUAAUCUUUAUUUUUACAUUUUAAGUCUUUUUUCUUUAGAUUACUACAAGUUGGCACAACACUUUUUAAUUGUGCACUUUCAUACUUGGAUUGAUCCCAAAAUUUAUAAUCGUGACCUUAACCCCUAAUUCACACAAAUCAUUAAUGCACACAAAUAUGACUAUUAAAUACAACUCGGAGCACUAAAAUGAUCAAAAAUAUCACAUGCACCCUCCCAUCUUUCUCUAUCUCUAGAUUAGAAACUACAAUAUUCCAUAGAUCUAGAUGAUCACCGAUUUUUUUUUCAAGGGAAAAAGGUCUAAAAAUUAUCUAAAUAGUUGUGUCUCUAUUUUUCUAUCUGAUUAAUGUCUUCAAAUUGAGUUUAUCAUUAUCGAAUCAACUAUAAAUGUAAAAUCUGAUUUAAAACAAAUACGAGAUAAUUUCACAAGAGAAGAAAACGAGGAAGAACAAGAGCUUAUAAGUGAGUCUUUUUCUGGUAAUGGUAAGAAGUUGAUACAGUAAAAAUGAAUCUUAUGCUACUGUCAAGUUAACAGUGUUGUUGUAAUAUGUUUAGAUUAAAUUCCAGAGGACAAGUUCACAAUUUAUCCUAUUGGUUCAAUAUUAAGCUAAAACAACGAGUGAGUUUAAUAAUUGUUUGAAGCGUAGAAAGCAAGUAACAAGUAAUUCAAGGGGUUUCUCGAGGAUGAUAAGCGAGCUAGCCUAGAAUGAUUGAACGAGUUACAAGGGUGCGAACCAAACAACUAUUCAAAUUCUUUUAUUUCGAGUCUAGAACUCGAGUAGCAAGGAAAAUCAGCCCACUGUUGUGGUGCUUCUUCUUUUAUCAAUCAAUCUCAGUACUUAAACUCUCGUUUGGACUGAGAUGCGAUGAUAAACAUUAAGAACUGACCCGAUCUGUUCAGAAGACAUCCUAAUAUCUAUUUUUCGUUGAUUAGGGAUGAAAUGCUCCUUCAAAACGUGUCAAGCAAUCUAUCUCACGGUUAAUCAAUAUAUCUACAUAAGUUCAUGCAUUAAGUGACCAGUUUGAUGUAAACGUUAAAAUCAGUUAUGAAUGAAGACAAUUAAUGAUGCUAACAAGAACGGCUACUCAAUCAUAGGACAAGCAAACAUAGAAAGAAAUUCUGAAUAAUACAUGAUACGAUUUAAUAGAACAAAACUAGGUUCAGGAUAAUCUUCUCUAUGGUGAGAAAGAUGUAGCCGUGUUUCUUACAAAAACGGAAGUCCAAAGAAAUAAAGGAUAAGUGGCAAUUUUAUAUGGAGGCGCCGCUGGGUUAGAAGUGAAGAUAUGGUGGUUAAGGUUAAUCUUAAAAUAUCUUGAAAGUUUCUAUAAAAGUCGCGAGCAAUCACUCGGCUGCUCCUUCUGAGAUCAAUUGUAGACUGCUCUGUCUGGCUGCUCUGCAGGAAAUACUCCAAUUAUGAUUUUUUUUAUAUGCACCUUCCUUCAACUCUGCAACCUACUCGAAACCUGAAAUGAUUCAAAAAAAUUUAGAUAGACUCGAUAGAAGACUGAAAAAGAUAAAAAAAAAUAUUUACAAUGAUAUCAAAAACACCAUAUAUCAGAUAAGCGGACACGCUCCUAGUUGUAUUAUAUUUAUUACUGCUUUGAUUCUGGAUGAUUCUUUAGCGUUAAUCAAUAUAUUUAAAGGCCAACUUUGGAUCCAAACUAUGAGCGUAAUAUCCAAUUUUUUUACUUUUUUAACAAAAAAAAGCAUUCUUAAAAAAUCGUAAUUUUACGUUUUUACAUGCAUAUAUAAACAUGUAAAAGUGUUCAUAUACAAAUUGUAACGUUUUAGCUUAACCACCGCUCUAAAAGGACAUGUUUAUUAUAACUAAUCUUCCAAAAUGAUUUAAUUUAAUUUACCAAAAUUCAGAUUAAAUUAAUGUAAGAUAUAAUUAAAUUUUGUGAUUAGAAUAAUAUUUGCAGAUUUGUAUAUUUUGUAACAUUUUUUGUGAUUACAACACGUCAAAAGAAUGAGAAAGGCAUUUUCUUGAUUCUUUAUGACCACUCAACUUUUGAAAAAUCAUAAGAGGCGGUGAGAACUUUAGGUCAUUCGUGGAAAUCGAGUCACUCUUCCCAUUAGGAUUAGAUAAACACAUCUCUUCCUCUUUUCUGUUAUUCAUCAUCCCAAUUUUCAGAUCUCAAAAAGAACUCUUACAAUAUUGCAAGAGAUAGAUUCAUAUGGAUGAUCCUCAGGUUCCUCCAGUUCAUAUAGAUGAUCCUCAGGUUCCUCCAGUUACAUCAAAAGUUUCGAGUAUUCCUCUUCUUGGUUGCAUCAUAGACUUUCUUGUUCAUCUAUUUCAUACUAUGUGAAAUUUUCCAUUUGGAGCAAGAAAAGUUGUCAGCCUUUACCAGGAAUAUCCCAGCUAUGCCUCUACGAAUCGUAGCUCACACUGCUUCGUCGAAGAUCCGAUGGCAAGAAUGGAGCUGUACUUUAGUCCACAUGAGAACGGAGAAUAUACUACUUGUGAACCAUUGAUCAUAUGUCUAUGUGUGUGACUCGCAUAGUGUGAGUAUGUUCCACCAUUAUUUCAUUAAUAAAAUUUUUGGUUAUAGCCA